AUGUUCAACAGCAGAGCGUCGUCGAGCGCGGCAAUCAAGCGCCUCACCAUCGAGUACAAACAGCUUUCCACCGAUCCCAACACGCUCUUCCCUGCUGUUGGCCCCAUCUCGGAGGACAACUACCUGGAAUGGGAAGCUCUCGUGCCAGGGCCAGACGGCACACCUUUCGAGGGCGGCGUCUUCUCCGCUCGCCUCACUUUCCCGGCCUCGUAUCCCCUCGAGCCACCGACCAUGCGCUUUGAGCCCCCCAUCUUCCACCCAAACGUCUACUCUGACGGUCUUGUAUGCAUCUCGAUCCUCCACGCACCAGGCGAUGAUCCAAAUAUGUACGAGUCCUCCUCCGAACGCUGGUCGCCCGUUCAGUCGAUCGAAAAGAUCCUGCUUUCUGUGCUCAGCAUGCUCGCAGAGCCCAACGUCGAGAGCGGUGCCAAUAUCGAUGCUUGCAAAAUGUACAGAGACGACCGCGAAGGUUACGAAAAGAUCAUCCGCGAUUCUGUCAAGGAGCAGCUCGGUCUCUGA